UACCUUGUGCUAACGUUUGUUCGAUUUUUUUCAUGCGGCUGACGGGGAUCAAAGCAAACUUUAAAACUGAUUGUUCUUUCUUUCCGGAGGUUGGACUCUGUGCGGCUCACAGUGUGUUCGGCGGAACGAACAAACAAACUGCGCAGGCACAAACAAAGUUUCACUUUCUCUUUAACAAAGUGAAACAGAAUUCAGUCCGAGCGCCUCGGCCCGCCUCAUAAAGCGCUCUUUGCAGAAAGACGAUGGCCAAAUGGAAUGUGCAUAGAAACGACAGUUCCCAGAUAAAGGCGAUAAUGCAGCAGAAUUCCCAUUCUGACAGUGCUGGUGUUGAGAAAAAUCAGCAACACGGUGAGCGUGAUGUCACGGAAGCCUCAGGUGAGAGUAGCUCCUCCUCCACUGCCGGAGCUGUGCUGAAACGUAGAGAAGAAAAGACAAGUGAACCAGUGGAGGCAUUGGCAGAGGAGUCCACUUCUUCAUACUGUUCAAUGUCCAGUCUGAAGCGGCUUCCUCAGUGUCACGUCAAACUGCAGCGGCUGUCCUACAGCAGGACACAUAUUGUCCUCAUAGACGUCAGUGUCUUCAACAGCAGAGGGGCUCUUAUGCCCCAGAAGGGGAGAGACAUGUGGCACAAGAACUUUGUAAAAAUGCCAUGUUCCUCAGAAAAUAUCACGAUGGUCAACACUGGAUUCAUGAAGAAAUCCACCAAGGUGAGGAGGUGGGACUUGAUCUCAGGGCAUCUGGGGGCUCUCGCCAAGAAAGCAGAAGUGACAGCAGAUGAAGUGGCGCAAGCUGUUCUCCGCUAUAACCCAAAGUAUAGCGGUCAGUGGUCCUUUGAUGCUCUCUACAUGUUUGUUAAGCGUGUCCCUGACGUGGAGAACGACUUCUCCGCACUCUUCCCUAAGAUGGCAGCGUUGGCUUUAAUGCUGCCUGACUAUGUGAUGAAGGCCAUCCCGCUGCUUCAGGCGGGGCAAACUGCAUCCAUCACCCUGUCACAAGUUCAGAUUUCCUGCCUACUCGCUAAUGCGUUUUUCUGCACUUUUCCUCACCGCAACACCUCCAGCCCCAAUGCAGAGUAUCAUAACUACCCAACAAUUAACUUCAACAGUCUGUUUGGAAACUGGUCAGAACGGAAGAAGGAAAAGCUGAGGGCCAUCAUGCAUUACUUCAGAGUGGUUACAGAUGAGGCCACUAAACCGAGAGGACUGGUGACAUUUGAGAGGCGCUUUCUCAGGGACACAGACAGACCCAACUGGAGGAGCUGUAAGGAGGAGAUGCCAAAGCUGCACGUCACAUCCAGCGGUACCAUCGAGACUAAAGGCACCGGCAUGCUACAGGUGGAUUUUGCCUGUAAUUUGAUUGGCGGAGGUGUGCUCAGCUCUGGCCUGGUGCAGGAAGAGAUCCUGUUCCUCAUGAAUCCGGAGCUGAUCGUGUCCCGCCUCUUCACUGAGAAACUGGAGGACACCGAGUGUCUGCUGGUGACGGGAUCCCAGCAGUUCAGCUGUUACGCUGGGUUUGGUGACAGCUUUGAGUGGACCGGCCCUCAUCAGGACCGACUCCAAAGGGACGCGUGGGCUCGGCUACAGAGACAGAUACUUGCCAUCGACGCUCUGCACUUCAAACAAAGAAGGGAUCAGUACAAUAUGGCCAUGAUUACACGAGAACUGAACAAGGCGUACUGCGGCUUUAAGAAGGACGGGCCGGAUGAACCGGACGUUGCUACAGGACAGUGGGGCUGUGGAGUCUUCAAAGGAGACCCGCAACUCAAAGCUGUGAUCCAGCUGAUGGCAGCAGCAGUGAGCGGAAGAGGACUUUGCUUCUUUACCUUUGGGGAUGAGAAACUAAAGGCCAGUCUGCAGCAGAUCCACCAUCUUCUGGUCACAAAAGGAAUCACAGUCGGCGUGUUGUACAGACACCUGCAGGACUACUGCGCUGUGCAGAUGUGUGAUCACACACAUGUGGAUCUGUUUGAGUUCAUUGCAAACACAUUCAGAAGACCCGGGAGUUUCCCGUGAGACCAGACUGAUCUGCCACACGUUCACUCUGAGUUUGCACCGGAAGUGCUCCAUUAAAGAAAUGAAGAAUUUCUAAUAAUCCACGUUUUAGGUGUGGAGGACUGAGAGGUGAACACUAAAGUGCACAUUUAAAAUGACUGCUGUAUUUGUAAUAAUUCUGUGAGAGAUUUAGAAGUUGAAUCAUAGUGUUUUCACUGGGGUCGGGAGGACUCAUAAACAUCACGUUGACUGAUCUGGAUAAUAAACUGAAAAGGUCCAAUCAAAACUGUUAAUAGUUUUUUUUGUUUGUUUUUUUGAAAACAUGGCACUGACACCAGAACUACAUGGAAAUGAUGUUUGAGUUCAGCAAGAUAUUUAUUCAAAGCCCUUAAAGCUACAGUGUGUAGGAUUCAGUGCCACGUGAGGUUGUUCAUUUGCCGUCACUGGUCAUGAUUUUGUGUCCCUUUGUGGGAUUCCUGCUCCCUUGUCUUCUCUUGUAAUAAGUUAUAUGUAUAAUCCUCCAUUUCACAAACUGAGGGUUGUCAAACUUGUUAGCCUGCAUUAGCAACCAGUAGACCUUUCAUAGUGGAGAAACCACUGAUUUCUUUUGUCUUCUGACUGUGCUACAAAAUGUGAAAGACAGAGCAUGUCCUUUGUGACUGAUUGUAUCAACAUGGUGGGCCUCUACUUAUGCAGAUGUCAAGCCCCAACUUGUUGCCGUCUAAAAUAUAUCCUCUCCCAAAGAGGAAAAAGUUGAAUUUCCAUGACUGGCCCCUUGAGGGCUGACUCUUUAACUGAGAACAUUGACAUAGAAGCCCAUGUUAAAAUGCCCAGAUUUAGAGCAGAAAUAAACAUGUUUACAGCCUGAUACAAAAAAUGGUUUUGGUCACUAUAGCUUGUGUGAAAACUCUAAAGUUGGUGAUUUAUUUAUUAUAACUCAACAGUCCAUAAAGUUAUGACUAAUUAGCAAGGUUGGGUAGGAUUACUAUGAAAUGUAAUCCAAAUGUAUGUACAUACAUACAUGUAAUCCACAUGUAUUCUUUCAAAGUAAUCCUACCCAACCUUGCUAAUUAGUGACAGGGUCACUUUGAGUGGAAGUUAGUGUGGUGCUGAACCAGGUCCAGAGUUUCCUUACCAGAGACUGCUAGUGAGUUGUUGUGGAUGACCAUUUCUGUCCUGUCUGAGCAUUUUGUUAUAAAUAUUUGUAAUAAUAUGGUGUGUGGUGUGGUUAAUUGUUCUAGUGGACCAUCUAAGGAAUCUGUGUUAAA